ACAAAAACUAUUAGUGUAGAAGUGUUCUCGUUUGCGUAUUUGAAUAAUAUUAAUCUUGGGGUCUUACCAAUGGCCACAUGUUGCUCCCAGUUGCAUACGACUACGAAAUUCUGGGGUGAAGCCCGCGGCCAAAAUCAGCAAUACGCGCGGCCCUUUAUUAUAAGUUCUAUUUUGUCCCUAACUUCCGUAUCUUCCCACGUCGAGUACUAAGACCUUUCAGACUAGUUUAGCUCUAAUCAUGUCAGACGUGGAUUCGGAUGGCGAGCAGCCAGGCCGGGAAGCGGGCACCAAUGCACUGGAUGAGUUCCGGGAGAACUGGCAGCGGGAGCUCCAGGAGCACAACAACACUGGAUCCAAGAGCCGUUCCGAGGUUGGAGAUCGCCUUACGGCGGCCAAUUCCAAUCUCAGCGAGGCCGAUCUUCUGCACGCCAAGGCGGAGAGUCUCUAUCGGACUGCUGUGCAUCUGGAGCAGCGUGGAAAGGUCUACGACGCACUGCCCUUCUACAGGAAGGCCACACAAAUCGUUCCGGACAUUGAGUUCAGGUUCUACGAGCAGCAGAAGCAACUGCUCAGCGGCGAUGUUAGCCAGAAGUACCUCAAUCUGGCUAACGAUUUGGCCAAGCAACUGGAUCUGGGUCAGCCGGAUGCAACGCAAAGUGGAGAGGAGGUUGUGGACAACUUGUAUGAUAAGUUCCAGCACGAUUUGCGGCAGGAAAACAUUUACAAUGGCAAGAUGAUAGCGUCCAGCCGUGAUGCCAAUGUCCUGACCACCGGUUUGCACUUUGCUGAUCUGCCGCCCGAGAUUGUGAUGCGCAUCCUGCGCUGGGUGGUGUCUGCCCAACUGGACAUGCGCUCGUUGGAACAGUGUGCUGCUGUCUGCAAAGGUUUCUAUGUCUACGCGCGGGAUGAGGAGCUCUGGAGGCUAGCUUGUGUAAAAGUAUGGGCCCACAACGUUGGAACCUUAGAGGCCCAGGAUUCAGAUGUUAGCAACGUCUAUCACUCCUGGCGGGACAUGUUUAUCCGCCGAGAACGAGUGCUUUUCAACGGAUGCUACAUCAGCAAGACUACGUACCUGAGAAUGGGCGAGAAUAGCUUUCAGGAUCAGUUCUACCGACCUGUGCAGCUGGUGGAGUAUUAUCGCUACAUUCGAUUUAUGCCCGAUGGAAAGGUGCUCAUGAUGACGACUGCCGAUGAGCCGGCGCAGGGUGUAUCUAAACUAAAGCACGUUCACAACGUACGCUCGGAAAUGCUUCGGGGUCGCUAUCGGCUUUUUGGGAGCACAGUCACUCUGGUGCUGCAAAAGUCGCAGACUCGUGGACCGGCUCAUCUGCGACAGAGACGAGGGAGUAUCAUGCCACUGGAAGAGGACUCGUCACAGUUCCUGAUCGAGCUACGCAUCGCGAGCUCCACCAAACGCCGAUGCGCGCAGUUGAUUUGGUCACAUUACACGCUAGUGCAGAAGCGCAACAAGGUGGACAUCAGCUCCGAGUUCGAUUUGACCGAGGCCAAAUACCCGCCACUGAGGUUCUCAACCGUAAAGAGCUACCAUCUUGAUGCCGAUGCACCAUUAGCUUAAGUUAAUUAGGAUUCCUGCAAGUGGGAAAUAAAACAUUAUGUUUUGAAACCCUUUUAGAGGGGGAGUGGAAA